AGGUCAAUCAAAUCUGCAAAUUAAGAAAAAUUUUCAACCCUUAAAAUUAGAUUAAACCCCAGAAACAUUAAUUACUCAAAGUCCAUAAUGCCAUCGUCUGAAAAUUCCACGCGUUUAGUUCGUUACUAUAAAAAAACGAUCAGUCUAUACCAGGACCGCCACUAUUGUACUAAGUGCCCCCCACCUUUUAUUUUUCCUUUAAUGAAACUUUUCAAGAAUACGGUAAGUUUGUUUAUUAUUUUAUUUUUAUUAAUUCCUGCAUUAAUAAUUAAAGAGAUAAUUUUAUAAAAUUCGUUAUAUAUUAAUACGCAAGGGUGAUGGUAUUUAGAAAAUAAAAUUUUAACACUGUGUUUGAAAUUUUUUCUACAGACUAUUUUUUCUAUGGCAUACAAUAAUCUGUCAGUGUUCGAAAAAAAUUGUCCAUAUUUUGUUUAUAAAUUAAGUUUUUUUUAUUAAUAUUUCACAAUGUGAGAUAAAUUUGCGACUAUUUUUGCAUCUAUCAAAGAUGAAAUAUUUUGAUUAUUUUAAUCUUUAUCAUACUUUAUAGUUGUACAAUAUGUGAUAACCUCCAAUUUUAUAUUUUCUAUAAAUGAAAAUAAAAAGUUAGAAAAUAAAAUUUUCCCAGCUAUUCCAGUGUCAAAUGUCUCAAAUAGAGAGUUACUCAACUUAAAUAAGUUGAGAUUAGAUAUCCCAGUGAAUGUGAUCCAGCAUGGAUGUAAGACAACUCCUGUCAUUUUCUCAAGUUUACAGUAAAGAAACUAUAAAUUUUCUUGAAAGUGAAUUUUCUCGUUUAAAAGACGAAUGUUAUUUGGAUCAUGCAGGAUCCACUCUUUAUUCAAAUACACAAAUUAAAAAUAUAACGGAAAAUUUACUUUCAUCGAAUUAUGCUAAUCCACAUUCAAUUGGGGUUACAAGUAAUUUUACUCACGAUUCAAUUGAGCAAAUUCGUUUCAGAAUUUUAGAACAUUUUAAUGUAUCAUCCGAUGAGUACAGUGUAAUAUUUACAUCAGGAGCAACAGCAAGUUUAAAACUAGUUGCCGAGACAUUUGAAUUUAAAAUCAAAAAUGAAACUCAAAAAGAAGAAGAUGAAGAAGAAAAAUCAAAAAAUGGAUAUUUUAUCUACCUUCAUGAUAAUCAUACUUCAGUACUUGGAAUGAGAGAUUUAAUAUCUAAAAAUCGUGGUGCUCAUGUGGUCUGCCUUCCACAUCACUUGGCUUUUGAAACUUUCAGAGAAUCCACAAUCAUUGAGAGGGAAAUUUCAAAUCCCAAGAGUAACUCUUUAUUUGUUUAUUCAGCGCAGUGCAAUUUUUCUGGAUUCAAAUAUCCCCUCGAGUGGAUUGAAAAAGCUCAAAAUGCAUUAAAUAAUUUUACUUCCAGUAAAAAAAAUAAAUGGUUUACAUUUUUGGACGCAUCCGCUUAUGUUGGUACAAAUAAUUUGGAUCUAUCACGAUAUAAAGCUGAUUUUGUCUGUCUAUCGUUUUAUAAAAUGUUUGGUUAUCCCACUGGACUCGGUGCAUUAAUUGUUAAAAAAUCGAGUGCAAAUGUUUUAAGGAAAAUUUAUUACGGCGGUGGUACUGUUAAUGUUGCAUUGAGCUCUACUCGUUUUCAUGUUAAACGAGAAAAUUUACACGAAAGAUUUGAAGAUGGAACUUUACCGUUCCUCUCGAUUAUUGCACUUGACAGUGGUUUCAAAGUAUUUUCACAAAUUCCUCUCAACGAUAUAUCGAGACAUGUUUUUUCCCUCGCGAGACAUUUGCAUCAUUCUCUCUUAACUUUACAUCACAAUAAUGGAAAUCCAGUGGCAAAAAUUUAUAGUGACACAGAUUAUGAAGAUUACACUCAACAAGGAGGAAUUGUCACUUUUAAUAUUUUACGUUCAAACGGCGAAUACGUUGGUUAUAUGGAAGUUCUCAACAUGGCAGCUCUCUACAAAAUUCAAUUGAGAACCGGAUGUUUCUGUAAUCCCGGAGCUUGUCAACGUCACCUAAAUCUUUCAAAUCAGACAAUUAUCGAAAAUUACGACGCCGGCUAUACUUGCGGUGGAUCCAAGGAUCUAAUUAACGGAAAACCAACCGGAUGUGUCAGAAUUUCUUUUGGUUACAUGUCAUCUUUGAAAGAUGUUCAAAAAUUAUUGACAAUGAUUAGAAAAUGUUUUCUAUCUAAACCGGAAAUUUUAAAAAUACCAAUUUGGUGGAAGGAGAGAAGAGAAAGACUUUAUAGGAGAAAAAUUCAAAUAAAUGAUAAUGUUCAUAUUAUGAAAAGUAUUGGAAAUUGUGAUAAUAAUGAUGAUGAUAUUCGGAGGAGUGUGAGGGAAGAUGAGAUGAUCAAUUCAGGGGGAAAUGUAGAAACAGAAUUUGUUAGGAAAAUUUCAAGACGAAUAAAUUACGUAAAUAAUGUACGAUUGAAGCGUUUAUUUAUAUAUCCGAUAAAAUCAUGCGCUGCAUUCGAAAUAAGUGAUUCAUGGAUUCUUAAUUCGAGAGGAUUGCAGUAUGAUAGAGAAUGGAUGAUUGUCACCACUACUGGAGUUUGUUUAACUCAAAAACAGGAAGUGAAUCUUUGUUUAAUAAGACCGGAGAUUAAUAUUGAAAGAAAUGAAAUGGAAUUGUCGUUUCCAGGAAUGCCUUCUAUCGUAAUAUCAUUAGUAGAACAAUUCCAGGAGAAUAUUAAUGGCACUAUUUGUAGAGGUAAAGUUUGUGGCCACAAAAUUGAAGGCAUUGAUUGUGGUAGUGAUGUUUCCGAAUGGUUGAGUUUAUCACUUGGCCGACCAAAUUUAAGACUGAUUAGACAGACAAAAAAAAUUAUAAACAAAGAGGAGAAAGAUCUAUCGUUUGUGAGUAAAGCUCAAUAUCUCCUAAUUAACGAAGCGAGUAUAUUUUGGUUACACGAUAAACUACCAGAAGAUUCAGAAUGCAGUAAGGAAACAAUGUUGCAUCGAUUUAGAGGGAAUAUUGUCGUGAGUGGAUGUAGCGCAUUUCAAGAAAUCAACUGGAAAGAUAUAAGAAUUGGAAAUUGUGACUUCAAUGUGGAUGGUAUGUGCAAUCGUUGUCAAAUGGUGUGUAUUGACCAAACGACAGGUGAAAAAACCGUCGAACCGUUAAGAACACUAGCAGAAGAAUUUAAUGGAAAAUUAAAAUUUGGAAUAUAUCUCUCCAGGAAGAAUAAUGAAUCUUCUAUUUUGAAAAUUGGAGAGAAAUUGAUUUACGACUGAUAGUGUG